AUGAACCUUUAGCUUUCGUGGCACCUAUCUCAGUGGAUGUAGCAGCUGGGAUAUAUUUAAGAUCAAAGAGGUGACCAGUUCCAUUGAAGUUCUGUUCCAAACUUAUUUAGGCCCAAAAAAGAAAUGCUUUAAAAGUAAUAUUUAAAAGAAACCCCUCCCCGAAACUAGUAGCAUAGUUCUACAUUUACUCUUCUUAAUUAAGAUAAAAUACAUACACAUGUUUAAACACCCAGUAGUUAGGGGUUAGUUUGUAAAUGUAUAGAGCUCUGUGGCCUCUACCAGCUUUACUGAGCAGAUGCACUGAUUCCAUACGGCUGAUCUGUAAUUACUGCAAAUUAGAGAGUUUUUGCAGCAACGUCCCAGUUAAAGAAAGCAUCCACCCUGUCAUGGUAAAAAUGGUCCAAUAUAGUCUGGGAGGUUAUGCAGACCUGUGGUUAUCUUAGAACGUAUGCAUCAUUUGGGCUAAGAUAACUGUAAAAACACGUAGACACAAAUUCUUCUUCAAGUUAGUACAGUAGGAAUCAGGGUGGUAGAUCCAGCUGUAGGGCUAAAUACAGCUGUUUUACCUACAGUAUAUCACUACUUGUUUGAGGCAGUUUACAUGCAUUAUCCACCGAUAAGUGUCCCAUUUGCACUUCAUAUAUUGUUGUGGUAAGGUGUCCAUAUUGUUUAAUUGAUUAGUUUCAAACAGUCAAGUCAGAAUGGGGCAAUUCUCAGAGAGCAGUUCUCAGUUUUGGUUUUCAAACUUUAUCAGAACAGUUUUCUUUAUAUGGUCAGUUGUCUUUUCAGCUGACAUUUUACUGGUGAUCUGCAAUAUUAGACAAUAUGUUUGAGGGACCUUUACUGUCCUGAUGGUCUUUGUUGUACAGUGAUAUUACCUCCCCUGAUGCUGUGCUCUUAUUACAUUAGCUAGCUAGCUGGCAGUCGCUAAGCUAUCACUGUGCUGAUGUCAUCUCUAGGAGACUUCUUAGUAUCCCUUCUCCUGUCUCUCUCCCUCACUCUUUUCCUAAUGAGCAAGUAAGGGAUUGUUCUGGGAGGUGGGUGGACUGGAUGGAGCUCCUGUGGCUGGGCGAUCAGUGGAGUGAGAGUGAGAGAAGCAGUGCUUUCAGGGUUGGACCAUUCUCCCUGGAGAAGGGCAAUUUUUUCAGACAGACAGCCUUUCCGCUGCUGCAUCAUUACCAUAAAGGGAGUGGGCCAUGGAGAUCGACAAACAACAACACAGUAAAGACUCUGUAUUCUUCCGUGACGGAGUGCGCAGGAUUGAUUUUGUCCUGUCCUAUGUUGCCGAUAAAGAUGGUGAGAGAAAACAGGAGAGGAGGAGGUUGUAUGAGGCCAAUCUAGUGAAUGUUGGCUUGGAGUUGGAGAUUGAAGAUAAAUCGGAGUCAGACGAUGGAAAGACUUAUUUUGUAAAGAUUCACGCUCCAUGGGAAGUGUUGGCCACGUACGCAGAUGUGCUGAAGAUUAAAGUGCCAUUCAAGGUCAACGACAUCCCAAACAACAGCGAGAUGCCCAUGAACUGGCUGUCCACCCCCUUUCGUCUGCCGGAGCACAUCAUGCAGCCCGAGCCAGACUUUUUCACAGCUCCCUUUGACAAGAGCAAGUCUGACUUCUUCCUUAUCGGUGACAAGGACACGUUCUUCCCGCCAUCUACUCGCAACAGGAUAGUCUACUACAUCCUGUCCCGCUGUUCAUACCUCAGGGAGGAAUGUGGAGAUAGAGACAAGAAGGGGAUCAAGAGAUUACUCAACAACGGCACCUACACUGCUGCCUUCCCCCUGCAUGAUUGUAGAUACUGGACAAGAUCUAAGGAUGCUAAAUGUGAAAGUGACAGAUACAGUCUCUACAAACACUGGGCCGGAUUCUUCUGUUUCUUCAAGGAGCAGCCCCUCAAUCUUAUAAGGAAGUAUUACGGGGAGAAGAUAGGUAUUUAUUUUGCUUGGCUGGGCUUCUACACUGAGAUGCUGUUGUUUGCUGCAAUAGUUGGGACAAUUUGUUUCAUCUACGGAUUUCUCACCUACGAUGACAACCAGUGGAGUAAAGAAAUAUGUAGUGAGAAAGUCGGAGGGCAAAUUGUCAUGUGCCCGCUGUGUGACAAGAAAUGUGGCUACUGGAAACUCAGCUCAACAUGCAACUCCUCAUGGCAAUCCCACCUGUUUGACAAUGUGGCAACAGUGUUUUUUGCCAUAUUUAUGGGCAUUUGGGUGACGCUGUUCCUGGAGUUCUGGAAGAGGCGACAGGCUCGUCUCGAGUAUGAGUGGGAUCUGGUCGACUUUGAGGAGGAACAACAGCAGCUGCAGCUUCGGCCAGAGUAUGAGGCCAUGUGCACCAACCGCAAGCUGAACCGCAUCACUCAGGAAAUGGAGUGGGUUCUUAACAGGACUUCUACAGAUAUAUUGGGGAAGUUGUUGCUGUGCUGGGCCACCGUGAUGCUCUGGCUCUCAUUGAUCAUUGCCUGCAUCAUUGGGGUGAUAGCGUACCGCCUGGCGGUAUACGCAGCCUUUGCCAGCAUCAUGAAGGACAGUGCCACCAGCAACCUGCAGGUGGUCGGCCCCUACAUCACGCCACAGCUGGCCACCUCUGUCACAGCCUCCUGCAUCAACUUUGUCAUCAUCAUGAUCCUCAACCUCAUGUAUGAGAGAGUGGCUAUUUGGAUCACUGACAUGGAAAUUCCCAAGACCCACCUGGAGUAUGAGAACAAACUGACUGUGAAGAUGUUCCUCUUCCAGUUUGUCAACUACUAUUCCUCCUGCUUCUACGUGGCUUUCUUUAAGGGCAAGUUUGUCGGCUAUCCUGGAAAUUACGCAUAUAUGUUUGGCAGCAACCUGAGGAAUGAAGAGUGUGAUCCUGGGGGCUGUUUGAUUGAGUUGACCACCCAGCUGGUGAUAGUGAUGACUGGUAAACAAGUGUGGGGCAACAUCCAGGAGGCUCUGGUCCCGUGGCUGAUGAACUGGUGGGGCAGCAGGAAGGCACGAAACCACCCAGAGAGUCUGUACAGCCGCUGGGAGCAGGACCACGACCUGCAGGGCUUUGGACAGCUGGGCCUCUUCGACGAGUACCUGGAAAUGGUGAUCCAGUUUGGUUUCAUCACGCUGUUCGUCGCCUCCUUUCCCCUGGCACCGCUGCUGGCACUUAUCAACAACAUCAUUGAGGUAAGAGUGGAUGCCUGGAAGCUAACCACUCAGUUCAGACGUCCUGUGGCAGCAAAGGCCCACAGCAUCGGAGCCUGGCAGGAAAUCCUCAAUGGGAUGGCCGUACUCUCUGUGGUCACAAAUGCGUUCAUUGUGGCCUUCACCUCUGAUAUGAUACCUCGGCUCGUGUACAUGUACACUCAGCCAGAGGGUGAGAUGAAAAUGCAAGGCUACAUAAACAACAGCUUGUCUGUGUUUAAUAUCUCUGCGAUUCCACUGGCCAACAAGCCUGAUGACGAGGAGAACCCUUCCUGGUUCAACAGCUCCACCAUCACUACCUGCAGGUAUCGUGAUUACCGCUACCCUCCUGGCCAUGAGAAACAGUACUACCACACAAUGCAGUUCUGGCACAUUCUGGCAGCCAAGCUGGCUUUCAUCAUUAUCAUGGAGCAUGUUGUGUUUCUGGUCAAGUUCUUUGUUGCCUGGAUGAUUCCUGAUGUUCCCUCUGAAGUGAGGGCUCGGAUAAAGAGAGAGCGCUACCUCGUCCAAGAGUAUCUCCAUAACUAUGAAGUGGAGAAGCUGAAGAUCCAACUCAGUCAAAAUGGCCAUAAUGAUUGUACCUGCCCGCCAGUGAUCUAUCCGUCUCUACCCAAACACGAGAUGCUGUCAGAGUGUCUCUAGCCCAGCGAGCUGCUGGUCAAUCAGCUGGACAUGAUAGGAGGACAUGGUGAUGAUGUAGAUUGCCCUGCUUGUGUAUUAUGAUACUGACCAUCACUUUGCUGUAGUGCCUGUUUGUGUUGUUUGUCAAAACACACACACACACACACACACACACACACACACACACACACAGACAGUUCACUCCAUUCACAGCCAUCCCUCUUCUGAUCGUGAAAGCGCAAACAAGUAAAAGACAAAAUCUCCAUGCAUGCAGAAAUGUGUAUUUACACCUUUUUCCUCAUAUUUAUGGCUUUUUAACUCUAUGUUGUAAUCACAUUGCUGAUGAUAAUCAACAUUUGCUGUAAGAAAAGAAAGAGAAAAGUGUAUACACUGUGUCUAUUCCUGACAACUUGCUCUUAUUUUAAUAAGACUAUUUCUUGAAGUGCCACUAUGAGUAACCAAAGACUGAAUGCCUUAAUCUGUCACACACUUAAAAUUGGUUCUAUCUGCCGUUAGAAUAACAAUUGAUUUUUAGAAACUGAGCAAUUAUAGGUUUUGAGUGUUUCCCUAGUUCAUAUGUGCUGUUGUAUGAAGGAUUCCUGUUUCAUAUACUGUAAGUUUAUGUUCAACUUGAUUUUUGUUGUUGUUGUUUUUUUCAGUUGCUGCAACAAAUGUGAGCAUUGUUUAUUUUCAUUGAGGUCACACCACAGAUGUUUUCACGUUCAUAGGCUGGUCACAUUUUUGCUUUAAUGUCAUUACAGCCCAGCAAUUUCUCCAGGCCAAAAUCUGACAUGUGAAUUAGCUUUUUAUGAAGACAAAUCUGUGCAGCUGUCAGUACUGUGAGUAAGGGCAGAUUUUGUCCUGCAAUGGCCAGUUUUGGGCAGCGGCAGCUGGUGCAUGUUGAUUGUUGACAGUGAGUCUUGUUCCUGGAGAUGACAAGCUUUAAACCAUGAGAGAGUGAAGAGAUUCCUUUUUAAUGUGCCUCUGUUUACCAACACGUCGGCGCUAAUAAAAGCCUGCCCCUACCUACUAAACUAUGUUUGCUCCACUACACAAAGCACACCAGCCAUCGGCCAGAUCUUGUGCUUCUGUUUUCCUCAGCUUUGUCUGUGUAGAGAAGGAAAGAUACACAUUUGUUUUAUUUUUUAUUUUGCACAAAGCACUUAAUGAAACACGACUACCAAGGCAAACAUGUCAAAGUGUAAAUGUUGUCAUGACACUACUUAUUCACAAUUAGUCUUUUGAAUAUGUGUUCAUUUAAAUGGAAUAACGGUUGUACUGUAGGUAAAAGGGAGUCUGAAUUUAAUAUUUAUAUCAUGUUUAAAUGACGACAUGGUAAAAGUUGUAGCUUUUUGUUUUAAGUCUAUAUAGACGUUUCAUGUUUAUUUGCCUGCCUACAUAGAAAUAUGUGAGAGGUAUCUGUUGUGAGAUAUUUGAAUUUUAGGUAAAAUAGGCUUGUUGAGCAACAAACUCAGGCAACUAAAUCUAUGUUUGUUGAGAUGCAGGUAGAUGUAACUUGAUGAGAUAAAUUGUUGAACUAAUCCAGUUUGCCUUUUUCCUGCUGUUCCCUCAGCUAAACUCACACCUGUUGAUGCCUUAAUACAUCUAAUACCUUGUUUUUUAAUUUUAUUUCCUUGUAUAUUUCUUUUUUUAUGUUUUCUUUUUGUUAUGCUCUAGUUAUAUUAUAUUGUAUACCAUUACCAUGCUCGGAAAAAAGUGAACCCGUUUACUGUAUGCUUAAAGUUGCAGUACAUUUUAAUGUUUUCAUUCAUUUGUUGUUGUUUUUUUGUAAUUUCCCUGUAUCCAAAUGUGUAUUGGAAACAAAGACAAAUCUCCAAAAUAAAGUACCAGUUCAACUUGA